AUGGCAUCAACAAGCCAUGUGCAGAGUUUGAAGGAUUCUUCUGUGGGACCAAGCACUAGCAGAGAGAAGGAACUCUAUAGGUGUGAGGAGUGCAGAAGGCAGUUCAGUUGGCUGAGUGAUCUGAAAAGACACAUGCGGACCCACACUGGGGAGAAACCCUACAAGUGUGAGGAGUGCGGCAAGCAGUUCAGUGAGCUGGGUAAUCUGAAGAUCCACUUUCGGACUCACACGGGGGAGAAACCGUACAAGUGUGAGGAGUGUAGCAGGCAGUUCAGAAGGAUGGAACAUCUGAAGAAACACUUGCGGACUCACACAGGUGAGAAGCCCUACAUGUGUGAGGAGUGCAGCAGGCAGUUCACCCAGCUGGGUCAUCUGAAGACUCACAUGCAUACUCACACUGGAGAGAAACCAUACAAGUGUGAGGAGUGCAGCAGGCAGUUCAGUGCGUUGGAUCAACUAAAGAACCAUAUGCGGACUCACACAGGGGAGAAACCCUACAUGUGUGAGGAGUGCAACAGGCAGUUUAGUGAGCUGGGUCAUCAGAAGAGACACAUGCGUACUCACACAGGAGAUAAACCAUACAAGUGUGAGGAGUGCAGCAGGCAGUUCAGUGAUCUGGGUGCUCUGAAGAAACACAUGCGGACUCACACGGGUGAGAAACCCUACAGGUGUGAGGAGUGCAGCAGGCAGUUUAGUGAGCUGGGUCAUCUGAAGAGACAUAUGCGUACUCACACAGGGGAUAAACCCUACAAGUGUGAGGAGUGCAGCAAACAGUUCAGUGAGCAGGGUAAUCUGAAAAGACACAUGCGGACUCACAUGGGUGAGAAACCCUUCAGGUGUGAGGAAUGCAGCAAAAAGUUCAGUGACCUGAGUUCCCAAUCUCAGAAUAUAUAA